AAAUGGUGCGAUCUGCCAAGUAGGUCUUCAGUCUCAUUUUAAAUUCAUAAUUCGAUCAGUAGUCAACAUCAUAAACUGGAAAAAACCAGUUUAUUCCAUACCAUUAUCGGCUAAGCUGAAAAAUUUUUUAGGAGCAUUCUCAACCAACUCGUCCAUACACGUAGUAUAGCUGUAAGGUAACUGAGCUUGCUGAGUUUACUUUAAGAGAAACAUUUUUCUUUUCCAUUUGUAUGCCACAUUUUCUAGCAGUUGUUGGGUAUAUCCUCAUCUAAAUUACACCCCAAGUGCGUCCCAUAAAACCAUUCAAAUAGCCUGUAGGGCCCAAUUAAAUAUAUUACUGAUUUCACGUGUCUUGCUAACCAUAAUUUAUUUUAGACAUCCUUUCAUCAAGUUGCGAGAUGAACCUAUCACAAGAGGAGAUGUAUUCCAAAGAAAAACGUGGUAGUUCGAUCAGGAAAGUAAUUCUUGUCGUAGUGAUGGUUCUCUUCGGUAUGACCUACAGCAUUUGCAAUUCAAUACGGUACGGCUUUCUUGCUGACGCCUUUGAACGACGUCAUCUCCCAGGAAAAGUGUUUGGUCUACUUGAAAGCAGCAUAUUCUUAGGUUUCGUGCUCAUGUACCUUUCUAAAGGUACAGAAUUUAUUAUGAAAAGAAAACGACAUAGGUUUAUUUUUGCAGCAAUAUUAAUUGCAUUCACGGCAAUUUCCUUAUCAACUGGAUUUGUUUAUCUUAUAGACAACAACUUACUCAUGCUGGUCCUCUCGUUCAUUUUGAGAAUCCUACAGGGAGCAGCUACCUUCGCUUCUAAUCUUCUUCCAGUAGACUUCAUUCAUGUUCAUUUUCCUGACCAAUUCGAUUUUAUGAACAGUGUCGCACUGAUGGGAUGCUUUUGUGGACACGGAAUCUCUGAGAGUAUUGGCUGCUUAUUAUAUGACAGAUUUGGAUACGUUGUUCCUUUCAUAUUCUCAGCUUCCCUGACCUUUUUGGCCGCUAUUCUUCUCCUCCUCACAUUCCCUGACACAGAAACCUACCUCUCCUCACAAGAUACUGAUAAGUCUGGUAACGCAGUCCUCGAACUCUUCUGAAAAAGCUAACCCUCCAUUAACAAAGGCUCUGAUCUUUCCUUUGAUGGUGACCAUGUUGAUCAAUGCCAACCAUGGAGUGUUACAGGUUUCCGUUACACCCUUUCUUCACGAGAACUUUGGUGUGUCUAUAUCGUAUGCAGGGCGGUGUCUAAUGUUUCUUGCAGUAGGAAUGGCAUCAGGUGGUUUACUUACGGGAGUGCUUCUUCAAUCUAAGAAACUCAGCCAUUACACGGUAAUGGCUAUCGGAACAGGUUGUCUCUUUGUGGGAUUGAACCUAACGUUUCCACCGACCUUCAUACCAUCGCUCUACAAAGUAGCUCCAACAACUGCAUUUCCUGGUGUUUUCCUAGCUGGAUUAGGAGAUCCUUUAGUCACUAUAACUACCCUCACAGCACUCUAUGACUUGCAGGAAUUGAGAAUGGGGCCGCUAACACCAGAGGUAGUGACAAAAAUAACUAGUAUCUGGCUGAUGGGUUAUUGUGCUUUCUAUUUCGGCGGACCUUUCAUUGCUGGAUUUCUCACAGACUAUCUGUCAUUCUCGGAUUCCUCCCUGAUUCUGUCGAGUUUGUGUGUGCUGUCUUUAAUGAUAUGUAUCGUCAUGAGGACAAUGACUGCCCGAAUGAGAAUAAGAAAAAACAGCGAGAAGAGACCUUUGUUGCAGGACAAUUUAACGGACUAAUAUUGAAACUAUCUAUUUUAUCAGACAGUUAGGUAAUGAUACUGUCAGCUCGUGUAAAAUAUUAUACAAUUUUAUGGAUAGUCAGCUCGUGUAAAACAUUAUACAAUUUUAUGGCGCGGCUCACCGUUUCAAAAUUGAUUUGGGAAAAACCAAUAUUUAAUCAAUUUCGAUGUUUGUGUAGAAUUAGAAUUUCAUGGGUCAGAAGUCAGACCCGCCACUGUUUUAUAAUUGAAUUGUCAAUAAGUGCAAACAUAUUCGAAGAAUUAAUAUUUUCAACUUCAAGACUUUUCCUCCGAAAAGUUUUGUCAUUUACAAAAAUACUAACGGUACUGUCGAAAUGGACCUCCUAUUAAUGCGCUCCAAACUCAAUUAUUCUAGUGUAAGAUUCAAAGUUAAAAAAUGUUUCAUCGCUAAGGAUUCAAUCAGAAUGGCUCUUUACAAUUUGAUUCAUGUUUAUUGUCUCCACUUCCAGUUGAUUUAAAUGAUAUUCAUAUCGAUAUUGAUAUAUGUAAAAUCCGGAUCGGAAUAUUGUUUAUGAGUCGCAUGGUUGCAAUCUAUUCUUGUAUAAAUUUGUAUUGAUCCCGUUUGAUGCGAC